CUCAACCAACACCAGCAGCAACAAGGAGCAAGAAUAUCACUUAUAAAAAAGGAGUAAGAAUAACAAAAUCAAAAGGAGGGGAGAGGAGCUGCGGACGAGAGAAUAGAAAUCUUCACGGCGACCCUUUCCUGCCUAUUUCAGAGAAGAGGGGAGGAGAACUCGAGAAGAGGGACAGCGAGGGCGAGAGAGAGAGAGAGAGAGAGAGAGAGAGAGAGGCGCGAACAUAUCUGAUUCUGUUGCAACCCCAGUCCCUUCUCCUGUCAGGAAUUCCCUGCCCAGUUUCUUGAUCGGGUGGUGAAGGGAAGACAUGAGUCUCUUCGGCCUUGGAAGCAAGAAUCAGAAGACGUUUAGGCCUAAGAAGAAUGCACCUUCCGGAAAUAAGGGUGUGCAGCUGAAAAAGCACAUUGAUGCAACCUUAGGAAGUGGAAAUUUGAGGGAUGCGGUUCGGUUGCCGCCUGGAGAGGAUCUUAAUGAAUGGCUAGCUGUUAAUACUGUUGAUUUCUUCAACCAGGUGAACAUCUUAUACGGCACUCUGAUGGAGUUCUGCACACCAGCUACGUGCCCAACAAUGUCAGCCGGACCCAAGUUUGAGUACAGAUGGGCUGAUGGGGUGCAGAUCAAGAAACCGAUCGAGGUUUCAGCGCCAAAAUAUGUCGAGUAUUUGAUGGACUGGAUUGAGACCCAGCUUGAUGAUGAAUCCAUCUUCCCACAGAAACUCGGAACUCCUUUCCCGCUAAAUUUUCGGGAAGUUGUGAAGACAAUAUUCAAGCGUCUUUUCCGUGUUUAUGCUCACAUCUACCACUCACAUUUUCAGAAGAUUGUGAACCUCAAGGAAGAAGCGCACCUUAACACCUGCUUCAAGCAUUUUACAUUGUUCACCUGGGAAUUCAAGUUGAUUGACAAGGCUGAGCUUGCGCCGCUCAUUGAUCUAAUUGAGUCCAUUGUUUCAGUUUGCUAAGAUGUCAUCUAGGAAUGUUGGGACCCCCCCUCCAGCCCUGUUUUGCCUUGGUUUGGGUACAUAAAAGUGUGCAGAAAAGAGUGAGAGUAAGGCCAAAAGAAUGGCCAAAGUAGUUUUUUUUUUCUUCUUGUUGUAUUGUUUUUUGCGUCUGCUCCGUGAAUAUGAGACCAGACGAUGCUUGUCUUAUGAACCCCUGGAGAAACAAUUUAGGGGCUAGAUGAGAUUGUUCUUGCUUCUCUGAUAUUUUGUGCUGCACCUUUAUUCUCUUAAUUCGCUCCCGUAACCUAACCAUGCUGAAUUGCUGAUGUAACUAGUUUGCAACUAGCAAACAUUUGUGUAUACUAACAGAAAACUUUGUUCA